AGUCAUCACAGCCUGUUGCCCUUUAUGAAGUUCUCACUUACUACUGUUGCCGCCUGCGUCUCCGCGGUGCAGGCCCAUGCCAUCUUCCAGAAAGUGUCCGUCAACGGCAAGGACAUGGGCCAACUGACGGGCAUCCGGGCCCCCAGCAACAACAACCCCGUCAUGGACGUCAGCUCCAACUCCUUGACCUGCGGCACUCCGGGCACCACCUCGUCCGCCGUCAUCGACGUCCCAUCGGGCGCCAGGGUGGGUGCCUACUACGGCCACAUCAUCGGCGGCGCCCAGAUCCCCAACGACCCCGACAACCCCAUCGCCGCGUCGCACAAGGGCCCGAUCCAGGUAUACCUGGCCAAGGUCGACAACGCCGCGUCGGCCAACCCCAACAGCGCGAACUGGUUCAAGAUCGACUCGGUCGGCUUCGACUCGGGCUCCAAGAAGUGGGCCGUCGACACGCUGAUUCAGAACCAGGGCUGGCACUACUUCAACCUGCCGUCGUGCGUCGCGCCCGGCCAGUACCUGAUGCGCGUCGAGCUGCUGGCCCUGCACUCGGCCAGCCGGCAGAACCAGUUCCAGUUCUACAGCUCGUGCGCCCAGAUCAAGGUCUCGGGCUCGGGCAGCUUCUCCCCGUCGCAGACGGUCAAGUUCCCCGGCGCGUACACGGCCAACGACCGCGGCAUCCUCGUCAACAUCUACGGCGCCAAUGGCGCCACCGACAUGUCCGGUUCCGGAGGCGUGUAUUACCCACCUGGACCAGCCGUUAUCAGCUGCUAA